AGCACCUGAGUUAACACACAGACAGAGACACACAAAGAAUCUUUAGUCUGGGUUGCUGCCUCUUUGUGCAGCUGGAGGAGAGUUCGACUGUGUGUGCUGAAGGCAAACUGGGAGUGAUGGGCACAACCUGGAUCUCAUGGAGAACAACUGUAACUGUCAUCAUUACCGUACUACAAAUCCAAGCUCUGAUUAGCGUCAAACCCAAAGCUGUGAUGGGUGAGGAAGGUCAGACGCUUGACUUCAGAUGUGAAUAUCCACACAGCUGGAAGAGCAAUUCUAAGUACUUCUGCCGUCUUGAUGACAACAACACCUGCCUGAUACUGACAGAUAAACACAACCAGUGGGAGACAGACGGACGUUUCUCCCUGUAUGACAACACCACCGGAGCCUUCUUCAUCGUCAAGGUGGACGAACUCGUCCCAGAGGACAGCGGGACAUACUGGUGCGGUGUGGAUGUCAGCUCAUGCCCUGAUCACAUCAGUUUCGUAACACUGAAUGUUUCUCGAGCAGCUCCUCCAAACAAUCUCACACAGAACAUAAAUGUAAUACCUAACUUCUUUCCAAAGGACCUCACAGUUGACAAGCUCCACUUGCCGCUGUUCCUUACUGCAGUGAUGUGCAUGGCAGCGAUUCUGUUUGUGUGUCUGUUUACACUUUGCCUUCUCCGGGCUGUUAAACACCAAAGAUCAGGCCCGCAGCAGAAUAGAGAGACGUCAUGUGACUACGAGACAAUGAUGCCCGGAACUGAACCUGAACUUCGUUGCACCUCGUCGGCUCCAGACUGGGCUGAUCUUCCAGCUUUUCCAGCGUCACCUCCUGACCUCUGCUCCCACUUCACAUCAAAGCACCGGGAGUCCACUGUCACCCUCGGCCUCGGUGAAUACGCUGACGUGGACAUGCCAUGCCGACUCUCCCAGUACCAACAUCUGGAUCUCAACCAGUUGGAGGAGCACGUCUAUCAGAGCCUUCAUGAUAACAGAAGUCAUAAAGGUGGACCUCUGGGAGUCAAAGAGCAGAUUAACUGUUGAUAUUUCUGUAUAAUUUCAGUUUAUUUACAAUUUGUGUCUUAUUUUUUCUUUUGUUCUUAUUUUUAAUUAAGUCUUGGCCACUGUCUCCAUCAGCCUAACUUUCUACUUGCUGAGAUAGCUUAGUGAGAAAAGAAUUAGAGUAAUAUUAUUAUUAUUACUGAUAAGAAUGGUGGCCAAAACUGCAACAGUGAGAUCAAGUUAUCCUUUGUUGUGCAUGGUUGAAGGAAAAGUUGAUUAAUUCAAAAGUUAGUGACUCAGGAUCUUUAGCAAGCAAAGUAGUAGUUUUUUAUAUUUUUUGCUGUGCUUUGUAAUUUCUAGAUGAAAAUAUACCAUUUUGCAUGUCACAAAGACAAGAAAAGACUCCAAAGAGAUACCACACUGAGCAGGAACCUCAACUUGAACUGUCAGCUCACAAAAUCCACCAGGGAAAGCAGUGUCUCACUUUGCUUUUUGAUACGUUUGACCAAAAUAAACCAAGUGGUAAUAUC